AUCAUUCGUUCGUUCAUUGUUUCUUCUUCCUCACAGCUCUACCCCAGGACCAUUUCAAUCUCAAUCCCUCCAUUGAAUUCCUAAAAUUUUUUUAAAAAAAUUAAAAAUUAAAAAUUAGAGAAAAAAAACAUAGUAAACAAAUUGAACAGAAAACAAUUUCUCCAUCUCUUUUUUCAAACCUUGGUUUUGGGUUGCUAAGACCAUUUUCUCUUGCAAACCAUGGAGAACAACCUUCCUGAAAAUUCUUCCAGCUUUAACAAACAGGACGCCAAUGACAACAACUCCGAUACACUCACCUCAUUACCGGCAGAAGAGUCCCCCAAGAUUGCAACAGAAGAAAAAUCAGUCCAUAUAGAGAAUCAAAAGGCUGAUGAAGAAAUUGAAAACACUGAAAUCGAACCAGAAAUCCAAUACACCCUUGAAACAGCUCUACAAGAUGUAGAUCGUCUUUUACCAACUCUCUGCGCUCUGAAAGGUGACAAUGAAAAUGCCUCUCUUGACAUCCCUGAAUUUGUUGAGAAAUUCUUGGAUCUUGUGGAGGAAUCAAUCCUAAAACACGAGUCUGGAGAAUCUAAACUUAUAUGGGGACAGGUUGAUACAGCUGCUUUUCUUGAUUCUGUGGACCGGAUGUCAAAGCUGAAUAACUCAAUCGCCGAAUUGAAAUCCGAUUUGAAGCACAGUCUUUUGAUUAAUCGCGUUUGCAGCAUUCAACAGCGAGCAAUGUCUUUCCUAGAGGAUGAAUUCAGGAUCCUGCUGGAAGAAUGCAGAACCGUAGUGCAAGCAGAACAGAGUGACGCAGCAAAUUUAAAGGAGAAGCAACAGGGUGAUGAUGAAACGAAUACUAAAAAUUCAAAUCUUCCAGGAUACAGCUCUCCCCCAGAAAUUAUAUCCACCUUGAACAGAAUUGCCAAGGAGAUGAUCUCUGGUGGCUACGAAUCGGAGUGUUGCCAAGUUUACAUGAUGGCAAGGAGGCAUGUUUUUGAUGAGACAUUAAGCAAGCUUGGAUAUGAGAAGAUGAGCUUCGAUGACGUUCAGAAGAUGCAAUGGGAGGCUCUGGAAAGAGACAUCCCAACGUGGAUAAAGACCUUCAAGGAAUGUGCCAACGUCCUCUUUUCUAACGAACACAAGCUCGCUCAGGAAAUCUUCAACCAUUAUCCCUCAAUUUCUGCCACCCUCUUCACCAAUCUGACUCGCGGUGUGGUGAUUCAAUUCCUCAAUUUCGCGGAAGCCGUUGCCAUGACCAAACGCUCUGCCGAGAAAUUGUUCAAAUUCCUUGACAUGUACGAAUCACUUCGAGAUAGUCUUUCCACCAUAGAGACUUUGUUUCCCGAGCAAUGCGCCAACGAGCUUAGGACCGAAACCACAACCACUCGUUGUCGUAUGGGAGAGGCUGCCAUAUGCAUAUUCUGCGAUCUGGAAAAUUCCAUCAAAUCUGAUACGGGGAAAACUCCUGUUCCUGGUGGCGCCGUUCAUCCUCUGACUCGCUACAUCAUGAAUUAUCUAAAGUACGCUUGCGAGUAUAAGGACACAGUAGAGAUGGUAUUCAAAGAGCAUUCCAAAAUUGAACGAGCUGACUCAACUAGCCGUCCGCGUACUUAUGACGGCGCCGGACAGAGCUCCGUUAACCAAGAGGCGGUGGAAAUGGAAAACCAGUCGCCAUUUUCAAGCCAGUUGAUGAGAGUGAUGGAUUUGCUGGACGCAAGUUUGGAGGCGAAAUCGAGGCUGUACAGAGACAUCUCCCUGAGCUGCAUCUUCAUGAUGAACAACGGGCGUUACAUCUUGCAAAAGAUCAAAGGGUCUGCUGAGAUCCACUGCGUCAUGGGGGACACAUGGUGCCGCAAGAAAUCGUCAAAUCUACGUAACUUCCAUAAGGGUUACCAGAGAGAGACAUGGACAAAGCUGUUGGGGUGUCUGAGCCACGAGGGACUUACCUCCCACGGGAAAGUGAUGAAGCCGGUGCUCAAGGAGCGGUUCAAGAGCUUCAACACGAUGUUCGAUGAAAUUCAUAAGACGCAGAGCACCUGGGUGGUGAGUGACGAGCAAUUGCAGUCUGAGCUUAGGGUUUCGAUACAGGCGGUGAUGAUUCCGGCAUACAGGUCAUUCUUGGCCCGGUUCUCGCAAGUCUUGGAUCCGGGGAGGCAGACGGAGAAGUACAUAAAGUUCCAGCCUGAAGACAUAGAGACUUACAUUGAGGAGCUGUUUGAUGGAAAUCCAGUGUCAAUGGCUAGGAGGAGGGUAUAAUUAUUAUCGACUCCAUACAUAUAUAUAAACCAUGAUUACUAUU